AACCCCACCUAAGGGGGACGAGAGUAAGAAACCCACAGGGGUUGAGAGGGGCUGGGACUCAGAGCAAGGAGCAAACCCAGACCCCUCCCCCGCUUCCCUCCUCCACCACCUUCCCGGGCUAGUAGUGGGGCAAGAGCAGGGGCAACGGGUGGCAUCUUAGCUCCCCGCCAAGAAAAGCACAGGACUCACCAGACUAAAAUCGGCCAUCUUGCCACAGUAACCACCUGGUAAGUUCUCCAUCACGUGGAGUCCUUCGGUCAAGACUGGAUAUCAUUCUAAAAGAAAUGCUCUAGGUCAACCACAAGUUGUCUGGCUUCAGCAGUUCUCAAACUGUGGGUCGGGACCCUGAACUGGGCCGCGGACACUGUUUUAAUGAGGUUGCCAGGGCUGGCGUUUCACUUGCUGGGCCUGGGGGCCGAAGCCCGAGCCCCACCGCCUGGAGCCAAAGCCUGAGGGCUUCAGUCUUGGGCAGAGGGGCUGAGGUUGCAGGCCUCCUGCCUGGGGCUGAAGCCCUUGGGCUUCGGCUUUGGCCUCCCGCCUGAGGCUAUGGGCUCGGGCGGGCUCAGGGUUUGGUUCCCGCUCCUGAGGUCGUGUAGCAAUUUUUAUUGACAGAAGGAGUCACAUUACAGUGAAGUUUGAGAAUCCCUGGGCUAGAUGAAGGCAUCACCUGGUGAAAUCUGUGGCCUUUGUUAUACUGGGGGGUCAGAUUAGAUUAUCAUAAUUCUCUUCUUGCCUUCAAAAUUGAUGAAUUUCAGAAUAAUCCAACUUCGCUUCCUUAAUAGAGGUUUCUUUGUUUUAAAUUACACAUGUCCGGGAGAUCGUUGACUAGUGUGAAUAACAUGUGUGCCAUAUCCUUCACUAAAACCUGAAUGGUAAGUGUCCAGGUUAUCGGCAGCGUUCAGGUGUGUACUUGGAGAUGCUAGUGUCACUGCAUUUGUUGCUCUUGUUUAUUAGAUCCACUGAGAUGAAAAAGUUAUAGGUAAACAUUAGCAAGGAAGUACUUCUACAACAGGUACUAACAGAUUAGAUCCAUGCUUAGGGGGAGCUUUUAUCUUUGUUUAGUUUUGCAGGUAUUAUGGGCCUAAUUCACUACAGCAGUACUCAGUUUCACACUCACAUAAAUCAGUUAUUUCAGAGGAGUUACACCAUCAUAAAAUUGCACUGAAACACAUGGUGAAAAGGACAUAGAUGUAAGCAAAAAAGAAGAGAGAAGAGGAGAAAAUGGACAGGAGGAGUGAGAAUGUGAGUCAGAAAACAUGGCAGUGAAAGACUUGAACUUCAAGAGAGACCACAGGUCAGGCUCCAUGGGUGCUCCAGGGCUGGAGUAUCCGUGGGAAAAAAGUACCCUAUCAGCGCCUCCCGCCCACCGCAGAUCAGCUGUUCCACGGCAUGCAGGAAGCACCGGGGAGGAGUAAGAGUGGAGCACGCUCAGAGGAGGGAGUGGAACGGGGCAGGGCCUGGGGUAGAGCCAGAGGACUACCUCUUCCCCUCCCCCAGCACAUUAGAAAGUCAGCACCAAAGAGAGAGACUGACAUCGCUUGGUAUUGUAUUGCUUGAAAGGCGAGAAUAGCAAGCUUUUGAACUAAAGGACUAUGGUCAACAUUCUAAGUCUAUCACCUACUGUAAAACUAUUUAAUACCGGUCAUCCACCCAGUGUUAGUGCACAGUUCAAUUUCUUGAUAUGAGUACACUUCAGUUAUGCUUAAAAUUAAAUGUUUCUAUAAGCUUAGAGGAAAUAUUUCUUUAUUUGCAUAUAUAUGGCAUGAAUAAAUACAGAUGUACAUACAGAGCCUAGCAUGCACAUUUAUCAUCUUAUAUGACGGAUAAAUCAUACAUGCAAAUCAUGCAUCAAAGUUGUGAAAUGGGCUACAAAUGCAAUAAAAAAUAAGGUAUUCAAAAGUUUAACAAAUGGGGGGGAGACCGAAGAUGCUCAUCACCUGGGGUACCAUUUGGUCUAGGGCCGGCCCUGCCCACGUGUUUUGAGGACCCUGACAAACACAUUCCAAAGGGCAGGUAUAGAUAAGCUUCCUGUUUUUCUGAAAUACAUACCUCAGCAACUUCAACAGAGAUCUUAACAGGAAGGACACAGGGUGUCCCCCACGACCCUCUUCUCCUCCUAGCUUCUUGCUUAGCAGAAGCUCUGCAACAGGCUUAGCGUAUCUAAGACCUACUGAUUUAACUGCUUUGGGCAAUAAGCAUGAUCACGGAUAUUCUAAUUAUCAGUAGUAGUCCAGGCAUUUUGCUGGUCCACCAAAAUCUCCCCAUACAUCUUAAGUCUGCAAAUGCAAGGUGCACGAUCCUGUGAGGUGCUACUGCUACCCAUAUGAAUAUGGCAACCAGAAUUUGGCCUUUGUAGUAGUCAUUUUCAAAGGGGUCUAAGGGGAUUGGGCACUUAAUUUCCAUUGUAAGUCAGUAAAAGUUAGAUUCCUGACUCCUGUAGGGUCUUUUGAAAAUCCCAGGUUAUAUUAGAGUAGGCCCAUUAUGUUAAGAGCCUAUGAGGUCUCAGCCGGAGUAGCAGCUGAAUUUGACUGAAUGAAGUAGAGUGGAAUUUUCAGAAAAGUUCAGUGUUGGCCUAAUUCUGUUCCUGUUGAAGCAGUGGUAAAUAUCCCAUUGACUUCAAAGGAAGUAGGGUUAAACCAAUGCUGAACACUUUGGAAAAAUCCCAUCUUCACAGCUCUGUUCAUCCAGCUUUGGCACUUGCAUUUGACAACCCCCCUGGCUUCAGGGGUCAGUCUGUAUACAAGAAAGCAGCUUAAUGCUCAAUAACCUUUGCAGAGUUUGGAAUUUCACUCUUUACUUAAAUCACUAACUGGACUGACUUUCUUGCUAAACUGGACUGCGGGGCUUUCAGACAGCACGAGAUCCAUAGACUUCUCUGUCAAUCUGUUACAUAAGCUUGGUUUGACAAGCCAGGCACUGCCCCUUUCACUGUGUAUUGCAAUCGUCACUUAUUCACUAAAUGGGGAUUAGCAAAUGACUGGGGAGGAGAAUAAAUUAUUUUGCAGUCAUCUGAUAGUUUAAAUACUAUAUUAUAGGUAAGGUCUAUGCAGUAGGUAAUCUGACGGGCAUUAGUGCUUCAUGCAGCUAAUUUCUGCUGACAAACACUGAUCAUAUUUUUAUUACACCCUUGAAUUUCACCCUGUGCAGCAAAUUAAUUAUUGAAAGGCAAUGGAGUGGACAGAUCCCAUUUCCAUAUUUUUACUUUUUGUCCUGACUAUUCUGUUUAUUAUGAAAACUGAAAAAUUCUGGAAUAGCAGCUUCAGAGAGGAUUUCCCCCCGGGACCAAAGCCUUUACCCAUCAUUGGAAAUCUGCAUAUAAUGAACCUGAAGAGGCCCUACCGGACUAUGCUGGAGCUGUCCAGAAAAUAUGGCUCAGUCUUCAGCAUUCAGAUGGGAUGCCAGAAAAUGGUGGUGCUGUCAGGAUACGAGAUGGUGAAGGAGGCUCUUGUGAACCAGGCAGAUGCAUUUGCAGAGAGACCUAAAAUCCCAGUAUUUGCAGAUACUUCAAAAGGAUAUGGUAUUAUUUUUUCUCAUGGCAAUAACUGGAAAGUGAUGCGAAGAUUUACUCUCACGACCUUAAGAGAUUUUGGAAUGGGCAAGAGGGCCAUAGAGGACCGGAUUGUUGAAGAGAACGGAUUUCUGACGAAGGAUAUUGAAUCUCAUAAAGGAAAGCCCUUUGAGAUCUCUACAAUUAUGAAUGCUGCAGUGGCCAAUAUCAUUGUGUCAAUAUUACUUGGAGAACGGUUUGACUACAAAAACCCCACCUUCUUAAGACUACUAAGUUUGAUGAGUGAAAACAUCAGGCUGGCUGGAAGUCCAUCAGUUAUGCUAUAUAACAUGUUCCCAGCCCUUGGAUUUCUACUCAGGAAUUACAAGAUUUUUUUGCACAACACAAGUGAAUUGCAUUCUUUUAUACGGCUUACUUUCAUAGAACACCUCAAAGAACUGGACAAAAAUGAUCAGAGAAGUUUUAUUGAUGCAUUCCUUGUAAGACAGCAAGAGGAGAAAAGUAAUACCAAUGGAUAUUUCCAUAAUGCCAACUUAAUAAGCCUUGUGAACAACUUGUUUGCUGCUGGCAUGGAGACCACUUCCACCACGCUGCGCUGGGGACUUCUGCUAAUGAUGAAAUACCCCCAAAUUCAGAGCAAAGUCCAAGAAGAGAUUACAAGAGUUAUAGGAUCAGCCCAGCCACGAAUUGAACAUCGAACUAAAAUGCCGUAUACGGAUGCAGUUGUCCAUGAAAUUCAGAGGUUCGCUAAUAUCCUGCCCAUGGACUUGCCUCAUGAAACUACUGAGGAUGUUACUCUUAAAGGCUACUUUAUUCCAAAGGGAACUUACAUCAUCCCCUUACUGGCCUCUGUACUACAGGAUGAAUCUCAGUGGAAGAAGCCAGAUACAUUCAAUCCUGAGCAUUUUCUUGACUCCCAAGGAAAGUUUGUAAAGAAAGAGGCUUUCAUGCCUUUUUCAGCAGGUCGGAGGAUCUGUGCAGGUGAGACUCUUGCCAAAAUGGAGCUCUUCCUCUUCUUUACAAGCCUCCUGCAGAGGUUCACUUUCCAUCCUCCUCCUGGAGUUACCAGCUCAGACCUGGACCUCACCCCAGCGGUUGGGUUUACCACGCCCCCAAUGCCCCAUAAGGUCUGUGCUGAGCCACGUUCUUAGAGCUCCUUGCCUUAGGCCAGGUCUAACUACAAAGUUUGUGGCAGAUAUAAAUAUGAUGGUCAGAAAAUCACAUGCCUGACAUAGCUAAGCCAGCAAUAGCCUCCCCACCCAUGUAGAUGAAGCUUAUAUCAAGAGAAGAGUUUUUUUGAUGAUCUACUUGAUGUUGUUCAGGGAGGUGGUUUAAGUGUCCUGGCAAAAUAACUCAUUUUGCCAGCAUACACUGUGUGUCCACUACAGGGUUUUGCUGGUAUAGUUACACUAGUGUAGCUAUAUCAGCAAAGCCGUUGUGGUGUAGACUAACCCUUACUCAUGUGUAUCUUCGGCCCUCCCUCUACAAACUCUCCCUGGUACACUGCCGUGCACUGGCCUUUGGUUGUGGUUUGACCCAUGAUUUGUUAAGACCCCAUCCUAGCCUCAGUUAUACCAAUGGGCAACCCCAUUGACGUUAGCAAGGUUGCACGGUUGUACCUGGGACUAGAGUCUUGUAUUGUCUGUUACGUUGUACAACCUCAGAGGAGCCUCCAUGCCUAGCCUAGAACUUGGCCAUUCGCAAUAUCAACAUUGCUGUGCAACCAAGAGGCAAUGUCCACCAGAGAGGGAGCUGAAACAGCAUAGACUGAUGCAAAACACAAGGUCAAAUGUCCUCUGCACCGAAAUCCCCUGGAUGUUGCUAUCUCCACAGAUGCUGACCCUGCAUCUUCAGUUGUUAUUACUCCCUACGUUGGUGAUUUCCAACUCGGUGGGAGGGACAUGGUAGAAGUGAGGAGUCUGUUCCGGAGGGAGGUGUGGUGGUGAUAUUCAGUAACUAAGAAGGAACCUCUGCACUCCCAGGACUGCCCCUGACCUCUGAGACUGUGUCUACACUAGGGGAUCACACGUGUUGUACCUUGUGUAGGAGAAGCUCAUUGCACACACUAGUGGCUCCUGGCAUCUCUCUGUUCCCCACAAAAGCUCCUUCUGUUCAGCCUCCCAUCCAGUUCUUUGUCAGGGACCCCCUGCAACCCCCACAACCUCUCCCAUGUUAGAGGGAGAAUGUGAAUCUCAGUUCCCCCUCCUCUUAUACCCCUAUUUUCUCCUCCUUCCACAGUGGCUCUGUGUGCACCCCAUGUCCUAAUUCACCCCAUUCUCCUCCAUGGCCAGGGCUCUGUGUGCCCCCUUCACCCAUACCAGCUUCCCCCAAUCUCUCCCCAUCAGAGGCUGUGUGCUCCCCAGGGUCCUCCAUUCUCUCCCCAUGGCAAAGGUUCUGUGUGCACCCACACUCUCCUCUAUGCCCCCAUUCUUCUCUAUACCAUGGAUACUGUGUGCCCCAUUCCCAACCCCCCCAUCCCCCCCUUCCCCUCAUGCCAGGGGCUUUGUGUGUCCCCCUUCCCCAAUUCCAGGGUCCCCCAUUCUCCACCACCAUGGCAAGGGCUCAGUUUGUGCCCUGAUUUCCCCCUUUACCACCCAUAUUCCCCAUUUCCCCUCCCUCCAUACUAGGGUUUUCUAAUCAGCCUCCCGCCAGGGGUUCUGUGUUCCCCAUUCACCCCAUGCCCCCUGUGAUGAUUUCUGGUGUUCCCAGCAAUGUGAGUCACCUUAUUACCCUCCCCCUCCCUCCUCCAGUGAGAGAGAGACUUGCCAGCUCCCUGACCUCUGCUUUCUGUUAGCUACCCAAGCACUCUCCGCUGGGCUAUGCAGCCCUCACUUUGCCUUGCAGGUUACCAGUAGGUGCAUCCCAGUCCUUCACCGUGUUCCCCUGUGGUGCCGAGCUCCUUAGCCACUAAACACGCACAGUAACACCAGGUCUGCUGUCCCCAAGAGGCCAGCGAUGACACCAGCUCAUUUGAUUCAGCUCAUGGUCAGCACUUAAUACCAUCGGAUGCAUAGGCGACCUGUGCCUGCUGGCAGUGGGGGGGGGGGAGAGGGUGCACAACUCAGGAACAGCUCAAGUCAAGACCACCCCCGCAUCCUCCCAAGGCAGUGCUCCCCCAUGGGAAAGCAGCGGCUGCUCAACGGCACAUCUCCCUGACUCAGCUGCUCUGUAGGGAGGGGGCCUGGCCACACCAAGUGACUAAGCAAUCUGGGCAGGGCGUGUGACCCCACAUGCCCCUUGCACAAACAUCACCUCUGCCAGCAAGUAUAACCUGCUUUCUAAAGACUAAACUCAACUUGCCAGUCUAACCUCCAAUCUAAGUAAGUUUAUCUCGCCCGAAAUGUCCUUUGCAGCAUUUCAACCAAGACUGGUUGUGAUCCCGUUUUCAAGAACGUAAACAUGCUGUCUGUUUACAUCCUAGGUGCAGGAUGCCAAGGUGUCUUCUUUGCUCCCCAAAUACACAUCAAAGGCAAGGGGGAGUGUAUUUUAGGACAAUGGUUCUCAUCCUCUGCUGAGUUUCUAUAGCUGUUAGCUCCUUUCUGAAGUUCUUACAAUCCUUCAUCUGAGUUCAUAUACAUAGUCUCUGUGCAUGCAUUUCACAACAAUAUUAACAGCCAGCCUGACCCUGCUUUCAUUUAAGAUCUUCCAUGACACUCUUUGGUGAACCAGAGUGUACAUACCAGGAUUAGGAUCUGCUUAUAACCCCGUUGCCAGUUGGCAUUGAGGGGUUGUAGGGUUACACGCCCAUACCAGAGUUCUCUAUUCUCCCCCUCAUGCCAAAGGCUGUGAGCACACCCCCAUUUCCAGCCAUUCCCACUUCACCCCAACCAUUCUUCUUCUUUCUGUCUGGGGGCUUAGUCAUUCCAGAUGUCACCAGGUUAAAAUCUAUGGGGAGGAUGAGUAGAGUUAAGAGAAAUGGGUAUUGUUAUACUAGAAAGCAUUAACUCAGCCAUCCGCCAGCUGUUUGAACUCUAGACAAUUGCAGAGGUGUUUGAGUCUGUGGCUAUGCUAAAGAGCUGUCAGGGCUUCAUGUGUCUCCCAUUUUCCCCUUUUGGUUUUAUAUUUCCCCCCAAAACCAAUAGGAUUCUGACCAUUGAUGCCUAGAAUAGUCCCUGAAAUUUUAGAAUUGAUUAUUGUGAUACACACAGAGAAAUGUCAAGUCGAGUGUAAGGCCUUCACACAGCCCUGGGUUACCCCAUCACUGGGCCCUAGGUGACCACAGGGUCACAGCACUACUCAGGUUUGACCUGGCCGCCCUUCUGUCAUGAUGGAGAAGCAGUAAGGCCAAAUUUGAGUGAGUGGCAUCGUAACCUGGCACAUGGGCUCACAGCACUGCUUAGGUUUGCCCCACCUUAUGAAUUUGGGCCCUACACAUGUGCUGCCUACUUCCCUAUGCAUUAAUCCGGCCCUGCCUUCACAAGCUCGGCCAAACGGGAAAAACGCAAGUGUAACUGUCCCACUAGCAUUUGUACCGCGACAAGCUAACAAGUGUUAUAACUACAGCUAGCUUUCGCUGCACUAGGAUUGCAACAUUUAUUGAUAUGUUCAAAGUACACUUUUUUCCUACUGCAGACAAGCCCUGAAAGAGAAACUGAGACAGAGGGUAAGGCUGAGUUUUUCAAACUUGCCCAAACCUGUUUAUAACCCCUUUGCCAGUCAGCAUUGAGGGAUUUUGGGGUCACACCCCUAUACCAGAGUUCUCUAUUCUCCCCAUCAUGCCAGGGGCUGUGUGCAUCCCUCACCUCCACUCCAUUUUCCACCAUUUCCACUCCUCAACCAUCAUUCUUCUUUCUGUAUGGACACUAAGCCAUGUCAAAGGGGUUAGACAAACACCUGGCAGGAAUGUUUAGUUAUUACUUAGUCCUGCUUUAAGUGCAUGGGGCCUAGACUAGAACUAGAUGACCUAUUGAGGUCCCUUCCAGUUCUUACUUCUAUGAUUCUGUGAAACCUCUUUUUCCUUCUCUUCCAGUUCUAAGACUAUGUUUUGGGGAAAUGUACAUUAAAAGGCUUUUUAAAAGAUGCCAGUGUAUUUAAUGUAUUAAAAGUCUGUUUCCUGUACUAAUUAUGAAAGUAGUCAAUAUGAAGCUAACAUUUCCAUGUCUUUAUUGUCUUUUAUCAACUCAAAUAUAGCGAUAAAUGUAUAUUGUUCAAAUAAUCAAUUCUGAUCAAAUAACAUCUCAAAAGUAGAGUAUCUUAUCCUAUAAAUAAAGAUUCUGUCUGCACUUAAAGUCAA